UGGUAUUUUAAUACGAAAUUUCCGGAAUAAAAUCAUUUCAUUUCGUUAGUUAAGAAAGUGGAAAUAUCGUGGGUACACGUGAAAUGAACAAUUAAACAUUCCCGAUUUCUUUUGGUAAGCAGAUGAAAGGACAACAUCUUAUAUUAUUUACGUCGUACAUUUAAUAAACUGGCCGACUGCUGUCGUAUUUAAUACUUGGUAAAUCAUGGCAGGCAUUGAGUUUUGGACGUGGGAAAUAAUUUGCUUCAGUUUCAUAUUUCUGGCAGGUGUGCUUGGAAACUUGACUGUAAUUCUAGUGGUUCUGAAAAGCGGUUCAGCCAGGCAUCGACUCCGUGAAGUUCCUUUUAAUAUUUACCUCAUGGCUUUGGCUAUCGUUGAUCUAACUUUUGCUAUAACCUGUUUACCAAUUUAUAUUUUGUCCACAAAUGUUUUUAAUCAUCCUUCUGGGACGAAAGGCGAUGUAUUGUGUAAGAUUAUUACAGGCUACUUCAUCCCAUUUUGGCUUUGUGAUGUGUCCAUAUAUAUGCUAGUUAUUAUAAGCUUUGAAAGAUAUGCAGCAAUUUGUAAGCCAUUCCAAGCAGUGCAUCUUGGCAUACCAAGAAAAACAUAUUUCUAUAUUGCUGCAGCUUAUUUAGCAGCAUUAAUCAUCCAAAUUCCUACUAUUGUGGGAAUUCGUUAUGCUGGGGUCAAUGGUACUGUGAAUUUUUGCACCUAUGUCUGGCCAAGUGAAACAGUAAGCACAAUUAUAUACGCUGUUGUGUUCAUAUGUCAUUUUGUAAUUCCUGCUGCAAUUUUUAUCAUCAACUUCUACCGAAUAAAAAGAUGUUUAACCAAGUUGGAUGAAAACUUACGACGAUCCAUUGGAGAUGCCAAAGGACGAAUAAAAAUCAUGAAAAGCAAAGAAAAAACAAUAAGGAUUGUAUUUGUAGUGAUGGUUGCAUUUUUUGUGUUAUGGACUCCAAAUCAUGUGAUGUACUUUCUAUUCCAGUUUGGUGAGAUACAUAAUCUCAGGUGGAAUUCUAAUUAUUAUCAAGUUGGAAUUAUUCUUGGUUUUUCAUCGUCUUGGCUCAAUCCGUUUUUGUAUGCAUUUCAAAGUAGGGACUUUCGAUCUCACUGUCGUAAAGUGUUUAGAAAAAUGUUUGGAAAGUGGUUUGUUGGGCAAUUGAAAGACAGCAGUCAAUCUGGCAACACAUCUUCAACUUUGAAAACAAAUAUAAAAUUCAAGAGGUUACAAGUUCAAAUGGACAAUACUGCAGGAAAUGCGCAACAAAACUAGUACUAUUAUUUAUAUUUUUAAAAGUAGGACUAGAUGGCCUGGUUGUGAAGUUGCAUCUUUACAAUAUUUGCCUAACAAAUACCUGACAAAAUUAAUUAGUUAAUUAGUU